GCGCCGUAUCCGACGAACGCGCCGUGGCAGAACAUGGUGCUGGGGCAGGGCGGCAACCCCGAGCUCGUGACGCCGUACCUCGUGCAGAGCGCGGAGGGGCGCAUCGCGUGGGGGCUGCCGGUGCGCGACCCGCAACCCGGGUACAUCGUGCAGGCGUUCGUCACCGCGCUCAUGCUCUCCACGCUGCAGGGCCUUCCCCCCCACCAGCUCUCCGCCUACGACGACCUCUCCGCCACCCUCUCCUUCCGCCAACCCUCCUCCGCGCCCGCCGAUCCCUCCAUCCUCGAGGUCCCCCUGGUGCGCGGGUCCCCCUUCCUCACGCUCAUAUUCCCCCCGGGCGGCCCCCCCGCGACGCCCGUGCUGACGACAAUCCAUGGCAUCACGGGAGUGGAGGGCAGCAGCGACAGCAGCAAGUACCGUGUUGCGCUCAACAACGGCCAGACAUGGCUGGUGUACCUGUCGGCGCCGCUAACCCUGAGGCAGGACGGGUCGACGCUGGCAGCGGACGUGCCGUUCACGGGGACGAUGCGCGUGGCGCUGCUGCCGGGCUCCUCCCCGCAGGACGAGGAGGCGCUGCUGGACGCGCACGUGCCCACGGUGCCGCUGGGGGGGAGUGCGCACGUGGGCGCGUUCCGCAUCAAGUACACCUGGCGCACCCAGCAGUGGCGCGAGCCGGCCAAUGGCGACACCGAGGCGCCGCUGCUCAUGCUUUCACUGCCAAUGCACCGGCGCAUGGAGGUGAGCGCGCACAGCCCCUCCUCUGCCUCCGCCCUCCGCCGUCACCGCAGCGGCUCCCCUUCCGGCGCCAUGGGCGCCCUGCGCGGCUACCACAACUCCGCGUCUGCCAGCCCCUCUAUCACACGCGGCAAUGCACCGUGGGCGUCCGUGGGAGAUGAGUCGGUGCCCGAUGCGUCAGUGCUGGUCUACCCCACCAUCGACGGCCACGCGGUGGCCAUGCAGGGGGCGCUGUGGCGCCUCAAGGUUCCCAAGCGGCCGUCCACGUGGCGCGCAGGGCCACUCUCGUCCGACCCCCAGCUGCUGGACGAGCUGAGGGCCAGCCUCAAGCAGGACGUGGCGGCGCUGCCGCCCCUCUCCUCCCCCUCCACCUACUCCUUCGGCAAGACAGCGGCGCGUGCCGCCCGCCUGGCGCUGAUCGCAAAGCAGGUGCGCGAUGAGGACAGCCUGGCCGCCGUGCUGCCGCCCCUGCGGACGGCGCUCUCCGCAUGGCUGGACGGCACCUUCUCCGGUAACCGCCUGCUGUACGACCCCACGUGGGGCGGCGUGGUGAGUGAGGCGGGGUCGCGUGACCAGGGGGCGGAGUUUGGAGCGGGCAUGUACAACGACCACCACUUCCACUACGGCUACUUCAUCUAUGCCGCUGCCACCGUCGCCAAGUUUGACCCCGCGUGGCGCGACCAGUACCGUGCGCCGCUCAAGGACCUGAUGGCGGACUACAUGUCAGCGGAGCGCACCGCGGCGUUCCCCAGGCUGCGGCACUUUGACGCGUACGCGCUGCACUCGUGGGCCAGCGGGCUGUUUGAAUUCGGCGACGGGCGCAACCAGGAGAGCUUCAGCGAGGCGGCCAACGCGUACUACGCGGCGGCGCUGCUGGCGUCCGUGUUGGGCGACCAGCCGCUCGCCACGCUGGGCGCCACGCUGGCCGCCGUGGAGGCCCUCGCCGGCCAGACCCUCAUGCACGUGCCGCUCGCCUCGUCUAAUCCGGAUCCGUCCCUCUCACCCGGCUACGAGGCGGUGUUUGCGGACGGCAACCGCGUGGUGGGUGUGCUGUGGUCCACCAAGCGUGACGCCGCGCUGUGGUUCGCCCCGCCUGCGGACAUGGAGAAGCGCGUGGGCAUCCAGGUGCUGCCCGUCUCGCCCUUCCUCACCCACCUCUUCCCGGACCACGAGUUUGCCAAGCAGCUCGUGGAGUGGGCGCAACCCGUGCUGACUGGCGCCGCCACGGACGAGUGGCGCGGCUUUGCGUGGGCGCUGCAGGCUCU